AUGUCGUCAGACACCUUGGUCAAGGCAGACACAGUGCUAUGCCCCGAGCGGAAACCAGACUGGAAAGGGCUAAGGAUAUUAUUGAAGUUCAUGAAAAUUAUCUACAAAGGCUUGGACGUCGUAACAGCUAAAGCCACGAAGCAAGAACGGGAAUUGGUCCACCAUCAUCUCUUGGACAUUCUAGAGCCUCAUCAGAACUUCACCGUGGUGGACUUUCGCAAUAGAGCCUUAAAGAUUAUUGACAGUCUAACAGAGAAAGGCAAAAUCCCCAUAAUAGUUGGAGGUACAAAUUACUACAUAGAGUCCGUAGUGUACAAAAUUUUAGUCGAGGACACGAACGAUUCAGAAGCAUUACUAUGGGACAAAAGUAGAAGGAAACGAGAUACAGAUAAUUAUGACGAAGGUAAUGGUAGGAACACUAAAAAACUUUGCAUUGAAAGUGAAUUUGAUUCUGAAAGCAGUACAAAAUCUCAUUUCGUAGUUUCUGAUAAAGAUGAAGAAAUGAGCAAAGAAGUUAAUGAUGACAUAAAAACUACAGCAUGUCUUAAAUCAAUGGACAAAAGCCAAAAUUUAAAAGCUGAUGUUGAAUCUUCUAAAUCAGAAGACAAUCCAGAAAGAAAAGUACAAACAGAGAAAAUAACUAAAGAAGAACUUCAGGAAUACGUGAAUAAUGAAAAGAACUUCACUAAUGAAGAAGUUCAUGAGAAAUUGAAAUCUAUUGAUCCUGUUAUGGCAUCACGGCUGCAUCCUAAUAAUAGAAGAAAAGUUUUAAGGUCAAUUGAAGUGUGGCUCAAAACCGGCAGACAGCACAGCCAGAUCUUGGACGAUCAGAAACUAACCGAGGGUCAGCUACGGAGACCUGGUGCCACCAUCAUAUUAUGGCUCAAAUGUGAACAGGCGGUCCAUGAUGAGCGGCUGAACGCGAGAGUCGAUCAGAUGCUAGAGGAUGGUUUAAUACGGGAACUACUGGAUUUUCACGACAAGCACAAUAAGCAACGCGUAAGGGAUGGAAAGCCACCAGACUAUACCAAAGGCGUAUUCCAAACCCUUGGUUUCAAAGAGUUCCACGGAUAUUUAAUGCUAACUGAAGAACAAAGGAACUCGGAGGAGGGCAAAAAGUUGUUAAAGGAAAGCAUUGAAAAUAUGAAGUUAGGAACGCGGAGGUACGCCAGAAGACAAAAUAAAAUGGUUAAAGGACGCUUUUUAGAGCAUCGUAAUAGAGAAGUUCCACCAAUUUACGAGUUGGACACCACAGAUAUUUCAAAAUGGGACGAAAAUGUUAAAAAUAAAGCAAUAGCAAUAAUAGAAAGCUUUAUAAAUGGCUCGCCAUGUGAAAUUAAGCCGCUAGAUUCGAGUACAAAAGAGAGAGAGAAGAAAAUUGAUGGACUUUCACACAAUUAUUGCAAAGUUUGUCAGAGACUUAUAAUAGGAGAUAAAGAGUAUGCAAUACAUUUAAAUUCUAAUAGGCACAUGAAGGUGAUCAAGAAAAAUAAAAAACUUCAAAAUAUUAAGGAACAGCAGCCAAACACAUAG